AUGCCAACCAAGGCUAAGGGAGAGACGCUCAAGGAGUUCAUCGUGAUCGGCAGGAAGAUCCCGACCGAGAAGGAGCCGGUGACACCCGUCUGGAAGAUGCAAAUCUUCGCCAGCAACCACGUCAUCGCCAAAUCUCGAUUCUGGUAUUUCGUGUCUAUGCUUCGACGAGUCAAGAAGGCCAAUGGAGAGAUUCUUUCAGUCAAGGAGGUCUUCGAGAGGAACCCAACAACAGUCAAGAACUUCGGAGUUUGGUUGAAAUACGAUUCGCGAACUGGCCACCACAACAUGUACCGUGAAUACCGCGACACCACCAUCGCUGGAGCCGUAACUCAAUGCUACCGUGAUAUGGGCUCCCGACAUCGUGCUCAAGCUGACCGCAUCCACAUUCUCAAAGUGCAGCCAAUCAAGGCUGAAGAGUGCCGACGUGCUCCCAUCAAGAUGUUCCACGAUUCAAAGAUAAAGUUCCCUCUUCCACAUCGUGUCACCAAGAGGCUCGGAGUUUCUCAGUUCACUACGCGUCGUCCAAAGACGCACUUUGCC